CUCAUUACCAAACUCAAUCUGGAGCUAACAAUCAUUACCGAGUUUAAUCAACACCGGUUAUUUCCAUGAUGCUCCAUCCACUUCCAUCUGAUGGCAAUAUUUGAAGAGAAUUUGUUGUUGUUGGGAUGCUCUUUUGUUUUUCCCUCAACUCUUCCGAGCAGACAUGACUGUCGAUAACACUCUUGCAGAUCCUAGUAAUGGAAAUUCAGGCACACCCUCAAUCUUAAUUACCGUCCCUAUCCGACCGCCUGUCCGCUCUGCGGCCCUAUCCAAUGUAUCUACGGGCGCAUCCUCUUCGUUAACCAAUCUCGCUGAUGGGCCUGUCGAGAAAGUGAUCUUUCGUCACGGCAAGGCCGAAGAUGCAGCGUUAAUGACCGAGAUGCAGUUCUCAAACUACAUCCUCCAUUAUCGAGGUAUACUCCCGAAAGGCUUCUUUGAUAGUUUGGAUCCUGUUUCAAUGACAGGCUAUCAUACAAAGAGAAUGGCUCACCCAGUUGAGAAGCGAGAGAUGGUUUAUGUCGUUGCUGAAAGGAUAAAUCCAAGAACUAAUGAGCAUGAAGUCAUUGGUAUGUCCCAAGCCAUGGCACCAUACUGGAAACGCGCCUACAACCAUCGAUUUUAUGAAGGCUGGUCUCAGAAUGACUUUGAUUGUGAAAUUGAUACACUCUAUGUCAAGAUUGGCGUCCAAGGAGGAGGUGUUGGUCGCAAGUUGGUAUUGGGGGCCUUAAAGGAAGCAUAUGAGCGCCUCAACAUGAGGAAAGGAGUUAUCAUCUGGACUCUUAUGGCUAACACUCAAGGCAGGGCCUUUUACAUUCGUAUUGGGUGUGAAGAGGUAGCAAUAAGAACACUCGAUUUGGUUGGUGUCCCUUGUGAGUGUGUUGGAUAUGCAUUCAGGAAAGUAGGCGAGGCUAUUGGCGUCGAAUGAAAUCCAAAAGCGUACAUGGUAGCAUAAUAAAGCAG